UAUCUGGGAUGGUUUCCGAACGCAGAUGUGGUUCACGUAGUUGUGUAUUAUUUUCGAAUCAAAUAACCUCAAAUUUAGGAUACUUAGUUUUCCAUGCGAAAUCUGCGUAUGUUGUAUCACAUAAUUUUGUAGGUUAAAAGUGUCCACUCAGAAAAGAAGAAUUAGUACAUGAUAUAAGGUACUGCUUUGUAAUUAAUACAAAUAUAUCGAAGACAUGAGUAAAAAUCAUAAACGUUCGAAACGACUGAAGUCGGAAAAGUCGAAAGUAAAGUUGAAAGCUAAGAAAUCCACCAAUCAGUUACCAAAAGGCUUGAACAUUACGGAUACAUCGUUCAAAGUGAAGAAGAUAUUGAUACGCGAACAAUUGAAGCAACGGAAUGAAACGGAACUUCUCAGCACUCGCAAAUUGAAUAUUGACGAUUUGUUAACGCGUUUUCGACAUCAUAAUCCGUCUGUAAGAGAAGGUGCCUUGAGUCAAUUGAAAGACAUCUUGUCGAGAAAUCCACCAAAGUCUUUGCAUUCGCGAUUGAAUUCUUUGCUACGUGGUAUUGCGGCUUUGUCUCUGGAUAAAGAGAGAGAUGUACGAAGAAGUUCUUUUCACGCGCUCGACUUUAUUCUCGGCAGUAUCUCAAACGAACAGCUGAUACCCUUGCGUGAAAUUGUAAUAUCGUAUUUGAGCUGUGCCAUGACGCACAUUGAUCCACGUGUCAAGCAAGAUUCUCUACUUUUCCUGGACGUGCUCGUGCGGAAUUGCGACGGUGUAUUGGCGAGGGAUAGCCAUAAGAUAUUACCCAAUUUUUUGAACAUGAUUUGUAGAUUACAUAACGAAGUUAGGCCUGGGGCACGUUUAACGACGACUCUGAAUUCCACGAGCACCGAUGUGAGAUGGAAGAAUAAGGUUCUGGAACGUUUAGCUAAUAUGCUUGUCUCUGUUGUAAAUUGUAGAAAGCUUGCGACAACGCGGUCGAACGUGCUUCCAAUCGCAAGAGCGAAAAGAUACGUUCCCGUUUAUAGUAACGAUGCGACUCGAGCCCACGAAAUCAGUCUUGAGGACGUGAGCUCGAUGGGUAGUUGCGUGGAAGAAACACUAUCUAUGCAGGAAUUCAUGAAGUAUGUAGGUUUAUUGAUGCCGUUGAUAUCUGAUAUUUGGCUCGAGGUGUGCCCGGAUGAAAAAGUCGACAGCUACACAGAGCUUACGAUUUCGAGUGAGGCAACCGCGUUAUUGAAGAAUAUCGUUGUAAUUGUACGCUCGAUUGUGGAGUACAUCGAUACGUUUGAUCGCGACGAUUGUAACGUCGAUCGUAUGAGGCACUGGUUCAAGGAUACGUUUCACGAGGCGUAUAUGAAGAAUUUUCUGUCGAGAUUCCCGUAUACUGAAGUAAAGCUGCUCGUUAACGAAUACAGGAAACGUCAACGGGAUUUCUCUCAAAUAGACUUUACAGAUGGAUGUUUGGAACAAAACUUGGGACUUUGUCAAAUUCACGUAUGGUUUACAUCCCUGUUUGGCCGUAACGAACAAUUUCCCAAGUCUACCAAGACCCAUUGCUUGUCCAUUGUAAAAUAUUUAAAUGGCGUUAUUGAAAAUUGGUGCGACUCGGCCGCUUUGUCGCAACUAAUUGAGCUUUUAAGAACUUUGUUUUUGAAAGCUGCUCCAGUUUGGUAUACCAACCGUAUUAGUUUAAGCCAUACUUUACAAUUGCUUAUUGAAGCAUCCUCUCGUUUAUCUAAGAAAGAAUUGCAAUCGCAUUUGUACCUGACUAUCGGCGACAUUAUGUUGAAAAGCGAUUUAAAUGAGUUACACAGAGAGAAGACGUUUGAGAGCUUUGUUACGAUUUUACCGAGCUUACUCCUUCGGCCAAGCAUAGAUGACGUUGUAAUUCGAAUGAUCAAUCAAAUUGUUUUACGUUUCAAGGAAUGGAUCCGCAAAGAAUUGAUAGCUAGCCACGAAUCGAUUAUCGAAAAUGCUAAAAAGAUGGAAAUUGUGGGUUCGCACAAUGAUAAACAAUCGAGACUUAUGAUUUGUAAUCUAUUUUACUUUAUAGAUUCACAGAUUUACUAUUAAAUAACAAAUUGAGUA